CUUCGACAUCGACAUCGGCUCUGUGGACGACGACGACCGCGAUCAUGGUCCAUGUCGACUCUACGUUCGUGGUCCAGCAAGCCGGCUACUACGUCUCCAAAGUAGUCAAUCACAAGGAUGAAUCCGUAUGGUCUAAUACUCUUGCCAUUCCAUUCUAUAUCACUGGCCUUUCUUUCGUCUCUCUCGUUCUUCACGGUAUCUUUGCAUCAACACCUGUGAAGAGGUUGUUCGUACGAUUGGGAUGGGCGAGCGAGUCGAAGGAGAGCGCGUUGCCAGAGGUGAAGGGCUUCAGGGCACACGUCGCUGCGCACGGAGGGGCGGUCAUCUUCGCUUCUGAGGUGUUGAGGGUUAUAGGAUGUGCAGUGUUGGUGGGUUUGUCGGCGACUACCUUGACGCUGAAAAGCGUUCUAGACGGUUUUGUGACAAUUACCUUUAUCUACGCGUUCAUCCUUUCAUUAUUCACCGCAUUCUCUGCUCGACCAUCAAUUGUAGUUCAUCAUCUGAACUUGGUUCUGGGAGUGGCAUGGUUCAUCUACUGCAUCCGCGACGUGGCCCCCUUCUUCACCUACACCGAAAAGCCAGUGGAUCACGGAUUCCUGUUCUGGGAGCUCUUCGGUGUCCUCACCAUCACUGGAGCAGUCCUUCCAUCAAUUACACCGAGAGCGUACAUACCUUAUGACCCGUCGGAACCGAUGCCACCAAACCCAGAGCAAGUUGCCUCUCCCCUCUCCCGCAUCUUCUACAGCUAUUUGGACCCCGUCGUGUGGCGUGCCUACCACGUCAACCACAUGCCUCUCUCCGACCUGCCUCCUCUCGCAGAUACCGACCACUCGAAAUACCUCGUCGAGCGCGCGUUCCCCCAUCUCGACCCCCUCGCCUCUCCCAACGAUACCAAGGCGACAAAUGCUAAGGAUCGUGCCAACGGCGAAAGCAAUGCUGCCCCCAAGCCGAAGGCAAGGAAACCGAGGAGUCACUUCCAUACCGUGAUCGCGUUGCUCGUCGUGUUCAGGAAAGAGUUUGGCUCGGUCGUUUUCCUGAUUUUGGCGAACAAUGCUGCAUUGUUAUUCUCGCCAUAUGGGUUGAGGCAUCUUUUGAUGUAUUUGGAAUCGGGAGGGAAAGACGCUAUCGUUCGUCCAUGGGUUUGGAUUGCCUCGCUCUUCCUCGCGCCCUUCGCCGCAUCCCUCCUCAUGCAACAAUACCAACUUCGCCUCACCCGCAUGGUCGUCUACAUAGAAGCCAUCUUCACUCAACUCGUCCUCCAACACGCACUCCGUAUCCGUGUCGUCGCCGAGACCAAGACCGAAGCUACGCCCACACCCGUCACCACACCCUCGCAUUCCAAAACUCCGUCCAUCGCUCCCUCAGCAGCUGGCUCCGACCACGACCAAGAUCAAGAGCAAGCAGAGAGCUCUGGUUCAGGGGGCUCAGAUUCGGGCCAGACGGCAGCGGAAUCAGAAGCCACCGCCGUAUCCGCCGCCGCUCCCCCGUCCGCGGGUAAAGAAGUCGCGGCAAAGGAAGUGGCGAGUGGGUCAGGACAAGGCGGGAAGAGUUUGAUUGGGAGGAUGAAUAACCUGAUUUCUUCGGAUUUGCAGGCGAUUGGGAAGGCGACGGAGUUUGUGCAGAUUGUUAUUGCGUGCCCGAUCAUGGUGUUUGGGACGAUUGCGUUUUUGUAUACUAUCCUUGGGUGGAGUGCGCUCGCUGGGUUUGGAAGUAUGCUGCUCAUGAUGCCGCUUCCUGCCUUUGCGUCGAAACAAUUGCAAGGUGUUUCUCGCGAAGUGUCUAAGAAGAGCGACGACCGCGUCGAGAUGGUGACUGAGACUUUGAGCGUCAUCCGCAUGAUCAAGAUGUUCGGCUGGGAACGCAAGAUGAGCCAACACAUCGACGAGAAGCGAGAGAUCGAGAUGAACUGGAUAUUUUGGAACAAGGUGUACGGUCUUUUGACUAUGAUCUUCCACUUCAUCAUUCCUGCCAUCACGAUGGCAGUUACCUACAGCUUCUACGCUUUAGUUAUGCAUCGUACUCUUGACGCUGCCACUGUCUUCUCGUCCAUUGCCCUGUUUGAUAUUCUCAGACAGAGGAUGGCGCAAAUGUUCAUGUUCAUCCCAAUGGUCAUCAAAAGCAAGGUCUCCCUCGACCGUAUCACCGACUUCCUGAACGACACCGAACUCCUCGACGAAUUCACCCCCGAAUCCUCCACCCAGCUCGAAAUCGCUGCCAACGCCAUCUCUCCCGAAGACGCGCACCAGAUCGGAUUCCGCUCUGCCACCUUCUCCUGGACGAACGACAGCGCAAACCAAGGCGUCGUUACGCCUUCCAAGAGACGGUUCAUGUUGCAUGUGGAAGACGAGUUGUUGUUCAAGAGAAGCAGUAUCAAUUUGAUCGUGGGGUCUACUGGAUGUGGGAAGACGUCGUUGUUGAUGGCUUUGCUCGGCGAGAUGCACUUCGUUCCUUCGGGUCCGAGGUCGUGGUUCAACCUUCCGAGAGACGGCGGUGUGGCGUACGCCGCUCAAGAAUCUUGGGUUAUGAACGCUACCAUCAAGGAAAACAUCAUCUUCGGCUCUCCGCUCGACGAAGAACGUUACGAUAAGGUCAUCUAUCAGUGUGGUUUGACGCGCGAUUUGUCUCUGUUCGAAGCUGGUGAUCAAACUGAAGUCGGAGAGAAGGGUCUCACACUCAGUGGCGGCCAAAAAGCUCGCAUCACGUUGGCUAGGGCUGUCUAUUCUUCGGCCGAAAUCAUCCUCUUGGACGAUGUACUGGCCGCGUUAGACGUUCAUACCGCGAAGUGGAUUGUGGACAAAUGUUUCUCUGGAGAUCUCAUCCAGGGUAGGACUGUCCUCCUGGUCACUCACAAUGUCAGCAUGGUCGUCCCCAUCGCCGACUUCGUCGUCUCCCUUGGCUCUGACGGUCAAAUCCUCAGUCAAGGUACCAUGUCCGACGCCCUCGCCCACAAUGCCAAACUCCGUCAAGAAAUCGCCAAAGAAAAAGCCUUUGAAGAGAAGGCUGAGCAGGAAGAGGCCUUUGAGGCUUUCGAGACGCCUGAACCUGGUCAAGUCGUACCAGCGCAGAAGGAAGAGAAGAAGGACGGGAAGUUGAUCUUGGAAGAGGAGACGGCAGAGGGACACAUUAGCUGGAACUCUGUGAAAAUGUUCCUCGGCGCGUUGGGUGGACCUGGGUUCUGGAUCGGCUUCACGCUCGCUACGUUCUUCGAGUGUGGUAUCGAGGUCGUUCAACCGUGGUUACUUGGAGCUUGGGCUACCCAAUACGAGACUCACAAGCCUGAAGAUGUCAAUGUCCCCUUCUACCUCGGCGGCUACGUCGGACUCGUCGCGCUCAUGUUGCUUGUCUUCGUUGCUGCCCAAAUCGUGCUCACACUGGGAGCUCUGAGGGCAUCGAAGUUGCUGCACAGGCGGCUCAUCGAGACCGUCUUGGGGACGACUAUGAGGUGGUUGGAUAAGACCCCGGCGUCUCGUAUCAUCACGAGGUGUACUCAGGACGUCUCUUCUGUCGACACGACCAUUCCGGACAUGUUCUCCCAUCUCUAUGAGAUCACGGUCAUCUUGAUCGUCCGUUACAUCGCAAUCUUGGUCUACACGCCAACCGUCGGUCUUCUGGGCAUCGUCAUCUUCAUUGUCGGUGGUACCGUGGGCAACGUCUAUAUGAAAGCUCAGCUCUCCGUCAAGCGUGAGCUCAGCAAAGCCAAGGCGCCCGUCAUGGCGCACUUCGGAGCUGCUGUCGAGGGUAUCACUUCCAUCCGUGCUUACGGUGCACAGGAGUCGGUCCUGCUCAAGUCGACCGUCAAGAUAGACGAGUAUACUCGUGCGAACAGGGUCUUCAACGAUCUCAACAGGUGGAUCGGGAUUCGUGUCAAUGCCCUUGGUGGACUUUUCGCUUGUUUCCUUGGUAUCUACUUCGUUUACGGCCACCCGGGCGUCAAUCCCUCCAACACCGCUUUCACCCUCACUAUGGCGGUUGGCUUCGGUCAGCUGAUCCUGUUCUUCGUCCAGGUGCUUAACAUGUUCGAGGUCAACGGAAACUCCCUCGAGCGUCUCCAGCAAUAUAUGGAGAUUGAACAAGAGCCCAAGCCUGUUGAGGGCGGCAUGCCACCUGCGUACUGGCCUUCGAGUGGUGAGCUCAGGGUUGAGAACCUCAGUGCGCGGUAUUCUCCUGACGGCCCCGAAGUGUUGCACGACCUGAACUUCGAGAUCAAGGCUGGCGAGCGCGUCGGUGUCGUCGGAAGGACUGGUAGCGGCAAGAGCUCGCUCACGCUUUCGUUGCUUCGGUGCAUCUUCACGAGCGGAGAGGUUUACUACGACGGCAUCCCUAUAUCUUCCGUCAACCUCGAUGCUCUGAGGAGUCAUAUCACGAUCAUCCCUCAGAUGCCCGAGCUGCUGAGUGGCACCCUCCGCCGUAACCUCGAUCCGUUCGACCAAUUCGACGACGCGACGUUGAACUCUGCGCUUCGUUCCGCCGGUCUCUUCUCCGUGCAGAACGAAGGCGACGAGAGUAUGAUCACGCUCGAUAGUGCUAUGGCCCGUGGAGGGAGCAACCUUUCUGUCGGUCAGCGGCAGAUCAUUGCUUUGGCGAGGGCUAUGGUUAGGGAGAGCAAGUUGCUUAUUCUCGAUGAAGCGACGUCCGCGAUUGAUUACAAGACGGACGCUGUGAUCCAAGAGUCGUUGAGAAAUGAACUGAAGAAGGACGUAACCAUCAUCACCGUCGCGCACAGACUACAGACCAUCAUGGAUGCUGACAAAAUUAUGGUCCUCGAUGCUGGAAAAAUCGUCGAAUUCGACAAGCCGAGCGUUCUUCUCGAGAAAGAGGGCGGGUUCCUUAAAUCCUUGGUGGAUGAGAGUGGUGAUAGAGAUGCGUUGUAUGCCGUUGCUGGGGGUAGUCGCUCAUAGAUUCAGAGGCUUGCGAUCUUGUCUAGUUUUUUCUUGCUUCAUACAUAUUUUGUCUUUCUUGCUUCUGCAUAUCUGGCCAUGUCAAUGCAUCUGUACCAGCCGGGACCACGUCGUACGGAAUGGGUGUAUGAAAAUUACACUUAUCUU